AUGGAAGCUGCGGAGCGAGGAGGUUACCCAGAAGUGGCUAGGCUGAGCACGGAGGCUUCCGAUGUGCGCGGCCGGUUGCUGGCUGCGCUCAAACGUGAUCGGUUUACGGCUCCUUUGACAGAGGAUGAGUUGGAGCUUAUUGUGAAGAAGAUGGAACAAAUAAAGCUAUCAGGGACACUUUUGCAGGAAGGGGAGGCUGCUGUCAAGGCUUUCGUGAUUCAGGAAGGCUUUCUGACCGUCAGUGCCCAUGGCAGGCCCUUGGCAGUGCUUCGUGCUGGGGACUGUGUCGGAACGGCUGGGGUGCUCCGUCGCAGCAACGCGCAUUCUGUGGCGACUCAGCCCGGAGAGUAUGCGGUGGUUUGGUCCGUGGACGUCGCCGAGAUCUCGAGGUUGCUUGAUCAGUGGGCAACCAAGUACAUGGCUGAGAAUCAGAAGUUCAUCGACCGAGUUGGUCUCUUUGAUUUCUUGCCCGGGAACCAGAAGGCUCGCCUUGCACAGCUUCCUGUUCGAACACAGGUGCUGCAAGCGGGGGAUCGUGUUUCCAUCGAGGGCGAUGUGGUGUGCUUCAUCUUUCUGUUGCAAACGGGGAGGCUCAGCGGCGUGUUGAACUCUGACCACGACACUGCCCGGAGGAUGGCCAAGUACCUUGCGGGCGACGUGGUUUGCUCCGGCACCUGCAUACCCCAGUUUCGUCAGAAUCCCUUGAGGUGGCACACCGUGGCGGACACCGACUGCAAGUUGCUGACGCUGGAUUUUCAGACUCUGCUGCAGAUGUUCGGGGAUGAUGCGGAUGAAUGCGUGCAGCGAGCAUUCAUGGUCUUCGGGUUGAACCAGGUGCCCUUCAUGGCCGGCUUCGCGGCCAGGCAGAAGCAGCUCUUGGCCAAGGCCAUGGAGGUGCGGAGCUACCAGCCGCACCAGCUCAUCUCGGAGGACAUCCAGUUCGCUCUGGUGUUCGACGGCAUGAUGCUGGUACAGCGCGGUACUGCGACGGAGGAGUUGAUCCAUGGAGACCGCUACAUCGAUUCCACGCUGUUCUCCUCGCAGGAUGAGGCGGAGCGGCUCGAAGGAUUCGCCACAGAGGAUUUGGAGACUUCAGAGGAGGCCGUGGUUCGGCUGCUGGCGGGCCCCAAGGGCCUGACCAUGGCGGUGCUGGCGGCCACCCGGGCGCGCCAGGCCUUCGAGGAGCUCGGCGUGUCCCCAGUCGCGAGCGCAGAGGAUACAACUGACGUUGCCCUGGAGGUGCUGCAGGCUCGUCGAGUGUCCGUGUUGAGACACCUGACCGGCACGCAGAUCGAGCGCUUGGUGAAGCAGUUGGUACCCUGCAUCUACAAGCAGGGCAAGACCAUUUUUGAGCAGGGCGAGAUAGGCACGGCCUUCUACAUCGUCGCCAGCGGGCAGGUGCAGGUGAUCAUCGAUGGACACCGGGUCCGCACGCUGGCCAGGCAUGGGCACUUUGGUGAGCGUGCCUUGCUCUUCGAGGACCAUUGCCGGACCGCCACUGUGAGGGUGGUGAGCACCGAGGCGGAGCUGUGGUGCUUGGAGAAGACCGCCUUCGUGGAGGUGCUGACGGACAGCUUGCGCCAGGAGAUCAUGCGGCGCAUCGAGAUUCAGGACUCCUGUGUAGAGCUGCAAGAGCUCACCCCCGUGCGUGUCAUCGGAGUGGGCGGCUUCGGCCGAGUGAGGCUUGUGGAGCACUGCCACACUGGGCUUAGGUAUGCGCUCAAGGAGGUGCGGAAGGUGGAUGGCAAGGUGCCGGAGCAUGUCCGCGGAGAGUGCGAGCUCUUGGCCGAGAUGGACCACCCGCUCAUCCUCGACAUGUUGCACACGUAUGAGACUCAAACGAGCCUCUACAUCCUGAUGGAAUAUAUUACCGGCGGCACGCUGCGGCGCUACAUCAAGGGGCAGGGGCCAGCGCAACGAGAAGCCGCGCGCUUCUAUGCCGGCUCCUUGAUUCUUGUGCUGGAGGUGCUCCAUGACAGGAACAUUGUGUACCGAGACCUGAAGCCGGACAACGUCAUGCUGGAUUCCCAAGGCAGCGUGAAGCUCAUCGACUUCGGGCUUGCAAAGCGGCUGGACGAGGGCGGCCGCACCUUCACGUGCGUGGGCAGCCCUCACUACAUGGCCCCAGAGGCCAUCCUCAGCCGCAGGGAGGGGUACGGCACCGAGGUGGACGUCUGGGCGCUGGGGGUCCUCCUCUUCGAGCUGGUCUGCGGGUGUCGGCCCUUCGAAGGCCGAGAGAAGCAGGACAUUUUUGAGGCGGUGCUGAAACAGGCGCUCGAGUUUCCCGCUGCCUACGGAGACGCGUGCGGACGGGAUCUGCUGCAGGGCAUGCUGGAGAAAACCCCUGAAGCUCGGCUUGGAGCUGGAGUCUUCGGAUGGGAUGAUAUCAAGGAGCAUGAAUACUUUGCGUACAGCGGCAACCUCUUUGAUGGGAUUGUGGAACGGUCUGUGCGUCCACCCUUCGUGCCUGCAGAAUGUCACUCUGACGCAGUACCACAGGACUUAGAAGUGAAGGAUUUCCGGAAGGAGAAGACGCUGGUGCGCAAGAGAACUCUGCUGAGGCGGGCGACGACCUUCGCCGCCUUCUGCCGUUGA